UGGCAACAUUGUGGCGAUACUGAGGCGCAGAGUUUAGGAGACGCGUCCCUCCGUCACGCCGGCUCCAGUGGGUCGGGAAGAAGAGGAGGGGCGGGGAGAUCGGCCCGGGCGAGCGGCGGAGGCUCACAAGCCGCCGGUCCCGACCACCUACCCGCCUGCGCGGCGCUAGGCAACCCGCGCCUCACCUCCGGAGCGCCGCAGACGCAGCACCGCGGCCUCGCUCGGGGGGCGGCCCGGGCGGGCGCGAGGCGCUGCCGCAGCGCAGGGCUUGUAAACAGAUCCGGCCGCACGUGACCAUGUGAACUACCUGCUCCUGCGACGCGUAUUGUCUUUCCCGCGAGCCGCACCACAAAGGAGCGCGGUGGGUGCGAGUGCGAAGAGACUGGCGAGCGAGCGGGGAGAGCCGGCCGGCGCGCUAAGAUGGCUGAAGGCUCCCGGCGAGGGUGAGCUGGGGGCGCGGUGCAGUCAGCCGGUGAGUCCUCGGGCGGGCAGGGCCGGCGGCGCCUUCCCCGCGGCCUGGCGCCGGAGCCACCAUGUCGUUCGCGCUCGAGGAGACGCUCGAGUCGGACUGGGUGGCCGUGCGGCCCCAUGUGUUCGACGAGCGCGAGAAGCACAAGUUCGUCUUCAUCGUAGCCUGGAACGAGAUUGAGGGCAAGUUUGCCAUAACCUGCCACAACCGGACGGCCCAGAGGCAGAGAAGCGGCACCCGGGAGCAGGCAGGGGCGCGAGGGGGCGCUGAGCCUGGUGCACCCGCGUCCGACGGGACCCGGGGGCCGGGCAGCCCGGCGGGCAAGGGUCGCCCCGAGGCCACUGCCUCCGCGACUCUGGGCAGGAGCCCCGGGUCCCGGAGGCGCCCGGCCUGGGCGGAGGGAGGCUCUCCGCGGAGCGCGUGCAGCCUUCGGGGGGACCCACUGCUGCGGAGUUCGGCCGGCAAAGGGGCGGAGAGCCCUCUCCGGAGCCUAGUGCGGGCCAACUCCAGCCCGGUCCGGAGGACAUCUGGAGGCAGGGAUGUGGCGGGGGCUGCGACUGCGGCAGCCCCGCUGGCGCCCAAGGAGGCGCCGGUGUCGUCGGUGCGGGUAGUGAGCGCCUGCGGGACGGUCACCGAGGAGAUCGAGGUGCUGGAAAUGGUUAGGGAGGACGAGGCGGACCCGGCGGCGCUGGCGCUCUCGGACGCUGAGCAGCCGCAGCCCGCCGCCGAGCUGGAGUCCCCGGCCGAGGAGUGCAGCUGGGCCGGGCUCUUCUCCUUCCAGGAUCUGCGCGCGGUGCACCAGCAGCUGUGCUCCGUGAACUCGCAGCUGGAGCCGUGCCUGCCUGUGUUCCCCGAGGAGCCCUCGGGCAUGUGGACGGUGCUGUUCGGGGGCGCCCCGGAGAUGACCGAGCAGGAGAUAGACACGCUGUGUUACCAGCUACAGGUUUACCUGGGUCACGGCCUGGACACCUGUGGCUGGAAGAUCCUCUCCCAGGUACUCUUCACCGAGACCGAUGACCCGGAGGAGUAUUACGAAAGCCUUAGCGAGCUGCGGCAGAAGGGCUACGAAGAAGUGCUUCAGCGGGCCAGGAAGCGCAUCCAGGAGCUCUUGGAUAAGCACAAGAAUACAGAGAGCAUGGUAGAGCUUCUGGACUUGUAUCAGAUGGAGGAUGAAGCCUACAGCAGCCUUGCAGAAGCCACAACUGAACUCUAUCAGUAUUUACUACAGCCAUUCCGAGACAUGCGAGAACUUGCCAUGCUACGAAGACAGCAGAUCAAGAUUUCUAUAGAGAAUGAUUACCUGGGUCCCCGAAGAAUUGAAAGUCUACAAAAAGAAGAUGCUGACUGGCAGCGGAAAGCUCAUAUGGCUGUGCUGUCCAUUCAAGAUCUUACUGUCAAAUAUUUUGAAAUAACAGCUAAAGCUCAAAAAGCUGUAUAUGAUCGAAUGCGAGCAGAUCAGAAGAAAUUUGGUAAAGCAUCAUGGGCAGCAGCUGCUGAACGUAUGGAAAAACUCCAGUAUGCAGUUUCUAAGGAGACUCUGCAGAUGAUGAGAGCUAAAGAGAUCUGUUUGGAACAGAGGAAACAUGCACUAAAAGAAGAGAUGCAGAGUUUGCAGGGCGGUACAGAAGCCAUCGCUCAGUUGGAUCAAUUAGAAGCUGAUUAUUAUGAUCUGCAACUUCAGUUGUAUGAAGUGCAGUUUGAAAUCUUAAAGUGUGAAGAGUUACUGUUGACAGCACAACUGGAAAGCAUCAAAAGACUUAUAUCGGAAAAGAGAGAUGAAGUGGUAUACUAUGACACUUAUGAAAGCAUGGAGGCCAUGCUGGAGAAGGAAGAGAUGGCAGUGUCUGUGCAUUUACAGAGAGAAGAGCUACAGAAACUUCAGCAGAAAGCACGCCAGCUGGAGGCAAGACGUGGACGGGUUUCAGCCAAGAAAGCAUACCUCAGAAAUAAAAAGGAAAUUUGUAUUGCAAAACACAAUGAAAAAUUCCAACAGCGCCUUCGGAGUGAAGAUGAAUAUAGAACCCACCACACAGUACAACUAAAAAGAGAAAAAUUACAUGAUGAAGAAGAAAGAAAAAGUGCCUGGGUUAGCCAAGAAAGACAGAGAACACUGGAUAGACUUCGAACCUUUAAACAGAGAUACCCAGGCCAGGUCAUACUUAAAUCAACCAGAUUGCGACUGGCUCACGCAAGAAGAAGAAGUGCAGCCAGUCCCGUGUCCUGUGAAGACCAGUGUGACCCUCUGCCAGGAGCGCUACAGGUAGAAGAGAAAAGUGAGGGAGUGGAGGAAGGAAGGGGCAAGCUCGGGUCAUCACAGACAACAGAAGCCCAAAGCCUCACACAGCUUGAAGACAAUUCAGCACAACUUGAAGCUACUUCGUUACCUCCCGGUGGUGUUACCUCUGAACCGCCUCCCGCCGCAUCUCCUCCACUUCUGAGUAAGAUUGACCCUAAACCAGGUUCUGCCACAGCAGAUCCACUCCCCCCACCUCUUCCUCCAGCACCUCCCCCGCCACCUCCUCCUCCCCCACCACCACCGCCUCUGCCUGUCGGUAAGGACGGCGCCCCAGAGACACUGGACGAAGGUCUGCCUAGAGUGGAGGGGAACGAGAAGAGGAUCCCAGAGUCAGCUAGUGCCCCCUCAGCACACCUCUUCGACAGCAGCCAGCUCGUCAGUGCCAGGAAGAAGCUCAAAAAGACUGCUGAAGGUUUGCAGAGGAAGAGAGUGAGCUCACCCAUGGAUGAGGUGCUAGCUUCCUUGAAGCGUGGUAGUUUUCAUCUGAGAAAGGUUGAACAGCGAACUCUGCCUCCUUUUCCUGAUGAAGAUGAUAAUAAUAUCUUGGCACAAAUAAGGAAGGGGGUAAAAUUGAAGAAGGUACAGAAGGAAGUCUUGAGAGAAUCCUUCACGCUUCUGCCCGACACGGACCCUCUAACACGGAGCAUCCAUGAAGCUCUUAGAAGAAUCAAAGAAGCAUCCCCUGAGUCAGAGGAUGACGAGGAGGCUUUGCCUUGCACAGACUGGGAAAACUAACAAGUGACUCAACAGAAUGAAAAAAAUACCUACAGUUGAACAUCGGCUCUUACAAAAUUGUAAACAUGUGGUCCCACAAUUGGAUUCCAUUAGAUCCAAAGUGUAUUGGCUCAGUGGUGUGAAAAAGGAAGCACAAUUGGCAAGUUACCACUUUUCCAGUCAUUCCAACAGAUGGUGGUUAACAUGAGUUUUAGAUGUGCAAUGUUCCUGACUGCAACGGAGAAAAGGCCUUGUGAAGAUUCCUGUUUUUUAAGCACCUUCCCCACCUGUCUACCCAUUUACAUCCUUGUAGUGGCCAGUAAAGCUAGGAGUCGCUAUGAGUUGGAAGAACACUGGGUUGACAGAUCUACUGUGAGCUGCGUUGAGAUUGCUUUGAAAUCCAUCGUUCAGUGCACUGAAUAGUCAUCUGCCCAAAAUACAGAGCUUCUUCCAUAUCAGCUUAAAUAGUGUGACAUUCUGAAAAAGAAGUUAAUCAUGAUAGCUAUAGGGCAGGAAUUGGAAGAAAUCAGAUGGAAAUGCACUGAUAAUUCCCACAUUACUCAUCUACAAAGGAAUUUUCAUAAAGAUGUUCCACAACAUCUGAAAAGAUACGUAACCAUGGAGAUACACCUAUAAAUGUGUUUAGCACAACGUGAUACAUUUAACAUGACCUAUUUUUAGAAGCCCACACACUUACAAUUUGUAAGGUUUCAGAGUAAAAAUUUCCAUGCUUUUAAAUAGCCCUUCAUAACUGUGAAUUUAUAAUAGUUUGAAUUUUAUGUGCAGCAUUGUUUAUGAGAAGCAAUACUUUGUAAUUUGAUAUUUCAAAUUAUUUUUAGUCUUUUUGGUUGAACUAUUGCUUGAUUACUAUAACUCAACAUGACUUUCCUAUUGAGAAUCAAAAAUCAGGAUUCAAUAGUAGGGAUGCAGAUCUUAAGUCUUUUUUAACAUGCACCAUUUGUUUUUAUUUUUAUGCUCCACAAUGGAAAAAAAAACGUGCUCUACAAAUGUACAGAAAGUAGAUGGGCAGAAAAGCCUCUUUGGCAUUUCGCUAUCUUCACAUGCUUGGAGUUGAAUUUUGGGAGAGAGGCUUUGUUAUCGUCACUAAAUUCUUAAACAUAUGUAUGUAGCUCUAGGUGCUGAUUUUGCUGUAAUGGAGUCCUGAAGAAUGCGUGGAGCCGAUACGAAUUCUCAGCAGGACUGUUGUGGGCUUGAAUGAAGGUAGAUAUGUUGGACCCAGUUUACAGUACUCUGUAGAGUGUAAUUCUGUGUAAGACAGGUCUUGGCCAUUAUAUGAAUGGCUGACAUACCAAAAUGAACUUUCUUUCUUAUGAGGCAAUUCUCUGGCCUAGACCCAGAAAGCAGUCCUGAAGUAAAAGCCCUCAGAUGUAUCUGAAUUAGUGAUCCUGAAGGACAAAAAUGCUCACACCUUUGUUACUUGAAAAUGUUAUUUCCUUUAAAAUAAUUAUGGAGAAAAUUUUCUGGCAACAGGUUAUAUAAAACAAAAUCUGCUUAAAUAUUGACUAUGUUUAUUGAUGAGAAUAUGAGCAUUUUCACAAUAUAUUGGCUUUAUUCUAGCAUCAUUCUUACACCUUGUCUGAGAAUAUUAGAAAUACAGAUCUAAUAUAAAAUUAAUCUCAAUCCCCUGAUUACAGUGGGGAUGGGUUGUAGAUUUUUGUAACACACCUUCAGCAACGCAUUGAAACAUGCCUUUUAACCUAAAGAAUGAUUGAUUUGAUUGAUAUAUUUGAAAAAAAAUUUUAAAGCAAAUUUGCAAAUCUUAAAUCAUGUAUCUAUUUUAUGCCUUUGGAUGCUUGUUCAUAACAGUUUUUUCAGUUUUGUUUCAUUUAUUGACAUUUAGAAAAAUACAGGAGGAUCUUAUGUCAUUAUUGACAGCAGAAGCACUGGAACCUUAAUAUGUCUAGAGGAAAUUGCUACCCACUUAGUGUUAUAGCUGGGAUUCCAUUAAGAGACAAUGCUCACUUUUAAAAGGGUCCUAUAAUCUGUUUUCCUGAGCCAUGUUGUAAUAAGUCUCUAGCAAAGAAUGCAGGGUGUUCAGAUCUGCAUGAGCCCUUCAGGAGUGUAUCCACAGCUAGAAGCAUACCCCACCACAGCACUCCUUGAAGGUUGUCCUCACACUUGUAGAGCCUCAUUAGCAACCCCUGUGCUCAUUCUCUGGUAGCAACUUUCUCUCCAACACAUCCACUUCCCUUCCUCCAGAUUCAGGUUCCUCCUUCCACAAAAUUACAUGUUACUAUAGGUCAUCAACCUUUGGAGUUCUCACAAAUAUUAGAAUUUCAGAUAACUACAGUCCAUGUGUCCAGUUGAAUCCACAUGUUAAUUAAAAAGCAGUUUUAGAGCCCAACAAAAAUUAUACAAGCAUGGUUUCCUUCUUAUCCUUGCCCCUAAUAAAAUGAGCAUCUUUGUCCUUAGUAUAAAAUUUGUAUAUAUUGUUAUGAUGGUACUUAUAUAUGAUCAUGUUUCCAGUUCCAAAUUUGCCUGUACUACUUAUAUGGUUUAAAAUACUUGACAGUUACAUUUCUGUUAAUGUAUCAUUUCUGUAUCAAGAAUCUACAAACAGCUGCUUGCUUAUGCUGAAUCAAUUUAGCAGUUAAUUUACCAAUCUAGUCUCAACUGCAGUAUACUUAAAAUAGGGAAACAAGUAGAUGAUGACUUGGAUGUUUGGUGGUUAAUGUUACUGCUCACUUGAAUGUCAAUUUUGAAUAUUUCUUCUACUAAUACAACUAAAAUUAUGUAUAUAUAAUCAAUGUGGCCUGUAUAGAAAAGGUAUUCCUAAUGCUUUAAAAUCCUGGUGGUACUGUAGGGGAGCAGUAUGGGAAGAAAUACCUGGCUAAAGAGGAAUUUUAAAAGACGAGACUUGCUCACUUCGUGUAUACUUUAUAGGUUUAUUGAGUUUGUGAGCAGUAGAAAAACAAUCAUUCUUUAGUUCUUCAUUGUGGAACUGAAACAUUUCUAUAAAAUGCACAGCUGUAACAGUUCAUCAGGUGUAGUAUUUCCACAGUGAGGAUAUGGGGGCUUUUCUCAUUAUGCGAACCCACAGAACAUUUUCUACUCUAUAUCAUGGGGGUGGGGGAGCCUUGUUUCUACAAAGCUGAACUAUGUAGCAAUAUUUGUUAACAUGUGGCAUGACGUCUCUAUGUCAUAAAAUGUGAUGUGUUAGAUACUUUGGCCAUAGCAGACACUAAGAAUUAAAACUCUUGUAUCAGUGGGACAAAAAUCAAUGGGCAGUACCCUCUCUGUUUGGAAUGGGACCAGUAUACAAUUAAUACAAUUUAAAUUUAUACAUUCCCUAAGACUCCAUUUUUAAAUUGCAUUCAUUGCGUGUGUGCAUAAGGAAAGCUUUUCUUUCACUAAAUAGAAGCUUGUUUUUUUAACCUUUAUAAUUUAAUUAUUAUGUACGUAACAUCAGAUACCAACCUGUAAAUUGCUAAUGGGUCCCUAAAGGCCUUAUCAGGGAGUUGAAAUUUCAUAUACUUAUACCAGGUUAUUUGUAAAAAGUCUUUUUGAACAGCUGUAAAACAUUUAAAAACUGUGGCAGAUGCAUUGUUAACAUGCAUCCAUUUGAUAGUGAAAGCAGAAACCUGAACAAGUUUUACCUAAUUCUUGCACUGAAUUUAAAUAAUAUAAAAUGUGCAUUUUAAAUAGAUUUUAUUUCCCAUUUAUUGCUUAGCAUAGAAGAACAACUAUGCUUAGAGGAUUGACCACAAGAUUGAUUUUUAGAUGGAAGAGAGGUAAGAAAGUAGAAGCACCUUACUAUUGGAGCAUGUUGCAUUCAUUUAGUGCUACUGAACAAUUCAGUAGUUAUUUCUGAACUUUGCUGCAAAGUGCUCUUUAUUUAAAGCACAUUAAAGUCUCUGCUUAAUUGCUUUGUAAAAUGAAGCAGUGGUAUUUUUUAUCCUAUAAAUAUAGUCUAAUUUAAAAGUUUUUCCUACAAAAUUAGUUUAUAUUGCUGCCUAAACUAUCAUCUAUGUAAAGGAUUUUUAAAGGCAAGAGGGAGUCUGGAUUCCGUGUGUGUGUGUGUGUGUGUGUGUGUGUCUGUCUGUCUGUUGUAAAUGUUUGCCCAUUGAAAUAUUUCAAAGAUAUGUUCAUUCUAAAAUUUUCUGUUUUACCCACAGUAAAUGUACCGCUUGGAAUUUGAGGGACUUAAUUGAUGGAAAUCCAAAUUCAUGUGUCUCUCCCCUUCUCCAAACACAUUUAUUAUGCCACUGUAAGGUGCAUGUACAGAAAAUACUUCUGAGGCUGAUAUAUGAAAUAUUUUAUCAAUGUUAUCUUAUACUGAAUCUCAAAGCAGUCAUUUGUUUUGAGGAUUAAGAGAAAGUUUUGGGUUUUUUGGUCAGGUAUGACUAAGAGAGGCUCCAAUUGGUGAGUUAAGGGAAGUCUGUGGUAAGUGAUUUGAGAUGUAUACUAAAGGUGUGGGUGUUGGUUAAAGAGUUCAAUUUUAACAAGGGAUUUUUUUUUUUAAUUUGCAUGUUCUGUGGUUAACUAUCAAAGAGUGCAACAGGUUAUUCCAGCUUUUCCCAGUACUAAUUAUAUUGGUUUUAAGAAUUCUUCAUAAUCACAAGAUGACAUUUUCCCUUCAUUGGUGACCAAAGAAGGGUGCACAGUACAACCCAUGCAAGUGACUUCUGACUUUUUCGACUUGGACAGAAUCCCCACUGUUCCAUUGAGUUUCUUAUUGUACUAUAUGUCUUGCAAAGUGUGAAACCAUAAUGUAUAAUUUAUGAAAAAUCGAAGGCUACAGAUCCUUUUGCAUGAAUAAAAGCCCAUUAGGGCGAAUGAAACUGGUAUGUUCUUUUAGCCUUUCUGGUUAAAUGAAAAUUUUAAUGGCAAACCAACUCACCACUUACUAGCUUUGUGCAAUAUUAAGCAAAACACUAGCACACUGUGCUUGGCUUUUCAGGAUGGCUUUAACACCGUUACACUAAAUGGACAGUGUGCAGAAUGUAAGUGACAACUCCUGCAAAUUUUACAGUACUUAAAUAUGCUCAGUUAACAUUCUAAAGUAUUAAAAGUACAAAGAAAAAAAACUAAGCAAGCAUUUAGAGCAAUACUAUGAACUCUCCAAUAAUGGUUUUGACUGUUGCCUUUUGCUCUUUAGUGCAACUUUCUGCAUUGUAAUUAUUGUAUCGCUUUGUAUUUCAUGUUUUUUACACUCACGACUUCAAAGUACUUGUACACUAAGUAUUGCAAUCACCUUUCUCUUCUUGUACAUGCAAUAUAACAACAUACAGUUUUGGUGCUUAACAAUAUUCCUUUUUUCUUUAAUAAAAGAUAUUUAUUGAGUUAAGCUCAUUUUGUUUGUUUAAAAUAGCAAUGGUGGUAUAUAAUGUCACUUCAUUUCUAAUAAGAAGGAGCAUAGCAAGUUGUGCAUUUGUUACCACAUGAUGAACAGGAUUCAGACUCUCCACCCCUGUACUUCUGCCUCUUCCCGACCACUGUUUGUAACAAAAUAUGGUUUAGAAAUGUUGACCUCCAAAGUUGGAGGGUCCUUAAAUGCCUUUCAUUUUAGCAGUCAAUUUGUGAUCCUCUAAAUUGGGGGAGAUUAAGGGAGACAUUUCUCCCAAGGAAGGGCCCUACUUCCAUGUAUUCCCUCCAUAAAUAUAUCUGAAACUAAACAGAGGGCUUUGAUUACUAGAUAGUUUUUCUGUGAGAGUUUAGAGAAUGGACUUAAUAGAAGUGCUUUAGCUAAACUGAUAGAAUCACCUUCUGCCUCAAAACGAAUUAGUUAGUUAACACAUUAAUUCAGCUCUCAACACAGUACAUCCUAGUCCACCCUUGUGAAAAUCAUGCUGUGGCUGGUUUGGAAUGGGCUUACUGGGUGACUUACCAAGACAGGCGACAGCCUCCCCUGGAAAUCUAGGCCCUGUGGAAUUCCUUAGUCCUUUGUGAUUCUGUCGUUCAUCCUGACCUUGCUGAGUUCUGUAAACUGGUUGAAACUUCAUUUCUUUGCUACAGGAAGCUGUGUGCGAGAGGUUUAAAAUUCUUUGGUGCAAACCCACCAACAUACCGUCUAUUUCUGACAGUUACUGAAGUUUAAGCACAUUUCCCAAGCGCUCUGUCCCAGUGCCAAGUGGAUACCUUUCCCACAGCGACCCACAGCUUUGUUGCUCACCAGAGACUUAGUUCUUCCUCACUGCUAACAUUUUCUCCAGAGCUCUCUACUAAUAAUCUUGCUUGUUCACAAGAGCUCACCAGUUUUGUGCUCUCGCUAUUCUCUGAACUCAACUAUUUGUCAGCUUAACCUCUAACAGACCGCUGACCCGUUAAUUCUUCUGCAGAGUUCAAGCGGGCCCAUCCUCUAAUCACAGUCACUUCCUCCUUCCCCUCAUUCCUGCCUCUUCCACCUGCUUUUCCAGUUGCUGUGGAGGACUUCAUAUACUCAGGCCAUUAAGCAUCUUUCUUCCCUGUCACCAAUUCCAAUGGCCAGGCCUUGCUGUAGAGUCCUGGGCUUCCUGGCUCCAUUGCUGGUUAAGGAAAUCGUGCACCAAUGCCACAAGGCUUUCUGUGGGCCAACUUUGGUCUCCUAAGUCUACCUCUAGUAUCUACAUUUUCAUGCUCAGCUCAUGCCUUUCCACCUGCACAUGUUUCUAAAAUGCUGUUCUUAUCUCAUCAUAAUCUAAAUUCCAUCAGGUAUGUUCAUUUGGAAAGCACAUAGGCAGUAGGUGUCUGGCCCUCCUUGUGUGUCAACAUUCUUAAUCAGAACAUUGAAAGGAAAACAAGACAUGAAAGGAAGAAUCACAGAAUCCGAUUUAAUCUUCACAAUUCAUAUGAGGCACAAGAAAAGGGUUAGAUAGUAAACGUGUCUGGGGUGACUACUGGUUUGGCAGGCUUUGCUUUAAACACUACCUGCCCAAUUAUCUCCCACAGCAUCUUCAACUUCCUCUUAACCCUAACCCUGUAAGAUGCAAGUGGUGCUCAGUGUUCACUUCAGAUGGUCUGGAGAAGAGCACUUCAUUCUAGGCUAAAACUAGGCCUGAGUCUCCUGUGUUGAGAUGUGCUAGAGAAACACUUGAUCACUAAACAUUUUCAAGAAGAAUAAAAACAGAGUUUCAAAGACAUCAAGAUGUGACUUCAAAUAAUAUUCAAAUAAAGUCAGUCCAAAAAAAGCUAUUAAGUUCAAAUCUCUUCAGAGGCCAACUUAUUUUAAGACAUGAAUGAGUUAUAUAGCAGAUUCCUUUGAAGUGCUUUAGGUGUAACAUAGUGCUAUUAUGCUCUGUGGCUUUAGGAACUUUGUUCCCCAGAACAUAGUUCCUGCAAGGAGAGUCAUGGGGACAUAUAUAUCCCCACAUAAAAACUCCUAGACCAUUAUUUGUCUCACUUCCAGUGACGUCUGAGAGUUGCAGAUGCUGGGAUGUUCUCUUGGCCUCAGCAACUUAUCUGUAUUCAUGUGCUUCUAGAGCUAGAAAAUUCCUGGUGACUGCAACCAGUUUGAAUUGUUUCAACCCUGAAUAAAUGUCUUAGUCUAUCUCUGUGGUUAUCUGGAGGCCUUUUAUAUUGAAAUAUUUAAAAGUCCUUUUAUCAAGUUAUAGCAGGCCUAUGAGUAUGAUGAUAUUGGUUUUUGAGGAAAAGCCUUAAGCAACUAAAGCCACUGGCCAAUUUUUGUCAGAAUAGUUUACCACCAAGAACAAUUAAAAAGUUACUCAUCCUCAAGGGCACUGAACUUCCUCCACCAACAGAUGUUUUGUGUAAUUGAAGAUGAUAGAUUGGCAAACUUCAAAGAAACCUUAGCUUGUUUGUAACCAUUUUCCAAUGGAAAGAAAAGGAAGUCUUGCAGGAAUCAGUCACAGUUAUUCCUAAAACUUCUUAAUGAAAGAUUUAGAAUAAGAAGCACUACUCGGAAUUAUUUUGCAGAUAUUCUACAGUGUGUAAAUAUCUAUUUAUGCUAGAACAGUAAAUUCACAUUAUUGACUUGGGAGAGGAGUGAGAUGAGGGAAAGUAGCCAGCGUGGGCAUUUUGCAAUAUAAUCUUAUUCAAAAUUACAUUAUGCAAAAGCCACACUAUGGCUCUAUGGUGGAAGUAGUCCAGUUGGCAAAAACAUCCUAUAAAUGUUUUAGGCCAAAAUGAUCUUUUUCAUGCUUAAAGACCCUAAACCUCUGGAAUCUUCUUUAAGUAAAAGUUCAAGUGUUUCAGUGGCUCAAAUCUCAAUUUAAAAAUUCUCUGGUCUUACCUACAGGCCACUUUGUGACCCACCUCUUGUCAGAAAUAGGAUGGCCUACCCCGGCAAGUGUGUGGGUCAGGGCCAAGUUUUUGAAACAGAAGGUUAACUCUUCCAACAACCAUCAGAAGAUUCAACAAUAAAUUCACUGUGACCCAGAACUUGCUGAUAGGUUUUUACAUUUCAGUUAUGAGUUUCUCUAAUGUUAUCUAAGCUUUGGUAUUGCAUUAAGGUGAAUCAUCAGAAGGUAACACGUAGAAUAUUAUCUCCCCAACUCCAGCAAUUCUUUCACUGCACUAUAUGUAAGCAAUAUUUCUAGACCUUCUUCAUAACCCUUUUCUCAAUCUUCUUAGUCUCACCUUUCCCCAUGGUUCUAAAUGACAUCUGUGUCGUAAUGAUUCCCAAUUUUAUCUGGCCUGUACCUCUUCUCAGAACACUGGAUCUGUAUGUAUGCAACUGCCCCCUGAUCUCUUCAUUAGGAUGCUUCCUGCAAUUUCAAGUAUAACAUGUCCAAAAUGGUUCCCUUCCUAUUCUAUUAAAACCUGGACCCAAUCCUUCUCAGUUUUAUCUUUUUUCUUUCUUUCUUCUUCUUCUUCUUUUUUUUUUUUUUAAUCAGUUCCGGAAUUCAGAACCUGGAAGUUAUCCUUGCUGCCCUUCUCACCCUCAUCCUCCGUAUCCAACGAGUCCUAUCAACCCUAACUUUUACAUCUGGCAUACAUCCACUGCUUCCUCUGUCCCUAACCCCUACACUGGUCCAGACCACAUUCAACUCUCAAGUAGGGUACUGCAGUAGCCUCCUAACUGAUCUUUCACUGCCACUCUUUGUCUCCUUCCAACUAAUCCUCCACUCAAAAGUGGUGAGAUCAUGUCUCUCCACUGCAUAAGACCCUCCGGUUACUUUCCAUUGCACUUAGAAUAAAAUCCCAAAUCUUCUUCCUAUGGACUAUAAGGCUGAAUGUGAUUUGGCCCUUCCUAUCAGCCUCAUGGCUUACUGAGCGCUAGCAUUGUGUAUAAUCUCUCUCUUACCUUAGGGCCUAUGCACAAACUGUCCUCUUUCUAGAAUUGUUCCUUGUUUUAGUAUGACCAACUUUGUUGUGUACCUCAAAAAGUUCAUAUGUUGAAGUCCUGACCCUCAGUAUGUGUCCUUUUUUGGAGAUAGGGUCUUUACAGAGGUAAUCAAGUUAAAAUAAGGUCAUUAGGGUGGGCCGUAUUCCACUAUGACUGCUAUGUUUAUGAAGUGGGGGAAUUUGGAUAUAGACAUGUAUAGAUGGAACAUGAUGGGAAGAGACAUAAAGAAAAUAUGGUCACCCAAUGACCCAGUUGAAAUGUGUGUAUCCUUGAAUCAGAAGACAUAUGCAAGAAUGCGUAAGGCAGCAUUCUUCCUAAUAGCCAAAAACUAAACAACCCAAGGGUCUAUCAGCUGAUGAACGGACAAUUGUGGUAUAUCCCUAAAAUGUGGUAUAGUCAGACAAUGGAGUACUAUAGAAUAAAAAUGAAUACAGCUACACAAAAUAAUCUGGAUGAAUUUCACUGACAUAAAGUCGAGCAAAAAGCAAAAAUAUCUAAUACAUGAUUCCAGUCAAAGUUUUUAAAAAAUACGCAAAACUAAACUAUAGUGUUUAGGAUAUUAUUUAGGUGGUAAAACUAACAAAGAAAAAAAAAGAUGAUUGGCACGAAAGUCAUGAUAAUGGUACGUUUGGGGAGACCAGAGCUUCAUGACCAGAAAGGAGCAUACAGAGGGCUUCUGUGGGGCUAAGCUUUUCUUUCCUGACCAGGGUAGUGGUGAGAUGGGGGUUCGCUUUAUAAUAAUUCACUAAGCUGUGUGUUUAUGUUUUUGUAUUUUUCU